GAUUCCGCGUUUUAUGAUUUCACCAAGGAUGAAGUUUGACUAGGAUAGGGAGAGAGAGAAAUAUAUUUGGUUUGAAAGACUGUUGUUGCUUGUCUGAAUGCGUGAAACUUCCAGGUUAUUGCUUCUGCUCUUGAGACAUCUGCAUGCUUUAACUGGCGCAGAAAAUGUGGAUGCCUGUGAGUUGAAGCCACCCAACUCUUUUGGGGUUCAUCGUCAAAUACUUGAAGCCCACUGAACUACAGCAACUGAGAAUUUGAUCUAGUGAUUAAGAUCAGACUAAUAAUGGAGAUGGAGAGAGAGAGAAAGAGAGAGAGAGAGAUCUGUGACGCGAGACAGAGGGAAGUACAUUCUCCGCUUGUCUGAGUAGUUUAUACGGAUCUUUCUGAGAGCGGUUGAUUAAUUUUUUGCGUGUAAUAUUGCAGCAUGUUUAGAGAGAGAGAGAGAGAGAGAGAGGAUGGGGAGGAGGCAAAAGACCAGUGGACGUGUGGGGCCGGAAAAAAGCAAGUCUCCUUUUCCUCUUCCCUCCAUAUUCGACUAACCUUCCUCCUCUUACUCCUCCUCUGCUGCUGACUUAAUCGCCUUCCCCGGUUCUUUUCUGUUGUACCCCACCAAACUAUAGAACGAUUGGGAAGCAUCAGGAGAGAAAAGGAAAACCAGCAGAAGAAGAACAGAAAGGAAGAAAUCUGCUCAUUAUUGGUGGUUGCAUAAGGGGUUCGGUUGCCCACUGAGUUCUCUUUUCUCCCCAAAUCAACAGCCCACAGGUUUCUGCCAGCAGAAUUGGAUUCUCGGCUUUUCGACAUCAGGAAAGAGUCUGCAUUGGUUCGUCUCUCUUUUUUGGCUUCUGGUUGUGUUUUGGUGCUGGGCUGGUGGAUCUAUUGACGAAGGCGUUCAAGGAAUGGAAGUUGGAGAGGAUUUUAUAGAAUGGUAGUUAAAGCGUGAUUGAGGGGCAGGUUCUCAUUGAAAUUUGGCGAGCUUUGGGUUUUUGUCGACAUGGGUUGAUUCUGCGCCUGCUAAGAUUCUUAUGGCACCAGAAAUGGAAAUUCAAGGCGAGCCAAGAAGAACUCCGACGCCUUCGACUCCAGAAUUUAUGCUGAAAGGAAAGCAGUUAAUGAGUGCCGAGCGUAAUCACGAAUGGGAUUUGAAUGAUUGGCAAUGGAACGGGAAUCUUUUCAUAGCGAAGCCGUCAAACUCUGCUACUUUAAUUGAUGAUUGCAGAAUCGUUCAUCCGUCUGGCACGAAUGGCCCGUCGAAUGAAGUUGGAAACGGGACGGCAGCGUCAGAGAAGCGCCGGAAAGUCUUGACGGACGGUGAAUUCACCUUAACGGAUGCUUCCCUAUCGUUGAAACUCGGAGAAGUGAAUGCGCAUUUGUCCCCCGAGUUGGAGAACGGGAAAUGUGAAGGAAGAGACUGGAAAAGGUCGAAGCCGCCAUUGGCAGUAUCGAAUCACCCUACUUGCCAAGUUGAUGGUUGUACUGCAGAUCUUCGUUUGGCAAAGGAUUAUCAUAGACGCCAUAAAGUGUGUGAGAUGCACGCCAAGUCUGCAUCUGUGAGCCUUGGAGGUGUCAUACAAAGAUUCUGUCAACAGUGCAGCAGGUUUCAUAUGCUGCAAGAAUUCGAUGAAGAAAAGAGAAGCUGCAGGAGACGCCUAGCAGGUCAUAAUAGGCGAAGAAGGAAGAUGAACAUUCAGUCAGCUAAUGGUGCCAACUCCUUGAAUGAAGAAAAUAUCAGCAGAUACAUCUUAAUUAGCAUUCUAAGGACCCUCUCAGCUUUGCACACAAAUAAGUCCGACCAGAAAAAUGAUGAAGGCAUCUUGUUUCAGCUUUUAAGGAUGCUCACAGGACCUCUGAAUGGCGCUUCACAAGUAGAGUUGUGCACACUUGUUCAGUCACUUCAAUCCCCACAAAGUGCUGAAACCUCCAAUUUAGUUUCUUCUCAAGGGUCUCCUGGAUUUCUUCCCAGUUCGACUCCUGGAUCAUCCAGGGUUUUGGCUUCUGCAAAUUCAGUACCUUCAACCAUUGAUGCUCAGGAUCUUGCUAUAAUUAAUGGUGGCCAAUCAGGAAAUUUUGCUAUAAAAGCAGCACAGGCGUUGCGAAAAAUUCAUAAUGAAAUUGCUAAGGAUAAUCAUGGAUGUCUUCCAGUUAUUCUCGAUAAACAAAAAGAGCCAGAUGGUUCAGCAAAAAUGGAGCAUAAGAACACCACAUGGGGAAGGACCCAUGUCAGGUUGAAUGACUUUGACCUGAAUGACAUAUAUAUUGAGUCCCAGGAUGAAAGAGAAGAAUCAGAUAAGUUGUCACCAACUACUAGUUCAGAAAGAUUUGAUGCCAUCCAGUUUGGUUCUUCUGCUGGUCCUUUGUUCUCAGCACAGAACAAUGGCCAAAUAAGUCCUCCACAAAUAAGUGCAAAUUCAGAAUCAGCAUCUGACAAGUCAGCAUCCAGCUCCAGUGGGGAAGUUCAGUGCUGCACUGAGCGGAUUAUAUUUAAACUCUUUGGUAAAGAUCCAAGUGAUCUUCCUCAUGUUCUACGAAGUCAGAUCCUUAGCUGGCUCUCCCGGAGUCCAACUGAUAUCGAAAGUUACAUCCGGCCGGGUUGUAUAGUGCUCACCAUCUAUGUUCGUUUACCUCUGAAAACAUGGCAAGAGCUUUCUAGGAACCUCAUUCCCAAAUUAAAACGGCUUCUAGAGGAUUCUAAUGACAUCUUCUGGACAACUGGAUGGAUAUGUGCCAAAGUUGGUCAUCAACUUGCAUUCAUAUAUAAUGGUCGAGUGUUGUUAGACAGGUCAUUCCUUUUAAGUUAUGAAGAUACUCCCAUGAUCUUAAGUGUUACCCCUAUUGCUGUUUCCUUUUCCGAGGGAGCAACCUUCACCGUUAAAGCCACAAAUCUUACCAGCAGCACCAAAAAGUUAUGUUGUGCGUAUCAAGGAAAGCAGUUAAUCCAUGAAAGUUCUGCUUCUUGCAAUGAAGGGGAUCUCUCAGUUGAUACCUUUGAUUGCCAUGAGGAAAUCCAAUACUUCAGGUUCACAUGCUCUUUUCCGAAGACAUAUGGCAGAGGGUUUAUUGAGAUUGAAGAUCAGGAGCUGAGUACUGGCUUCCUACCUUUCAUAGUUGCAGAGGACGACAUUUGUUCUGAACUCUGUACAUUAGAGAGUUUAAUGAAUGACUGUGAUAUUGAUUCCAGCAAAUUUAAAGAAAGAGGAGAGGUUUUAGAGUUCUUGCAUGUUUUUGGCUGGCUGUUGGAGCGGUUUCGGUUAGCAUAUGAUCUAGACUUUCCAAAUCAUCAAGACUCACGCUUAUCCAAUCUAGAAAUUAAGUGGCUUCUGGAAUUCUCUGUUGAGCGUGAUUGGUGUGCAGUUCUAAAGAAGCUUCUAAAUAUUCUAUUUGAUACGAAAAUUGGAUUGGCAUAUUAUUACAUGGAACAACUUUUGGAUGAAGUCAGUCUCCUUCAUAGAGCAGUUAGGAGAAACUGUGGACCAAUGGUUGAAUUCCUCAUAAACUAUGUUCCUCAACAGAAUGCAGUACCUCAAGCAAGUAUAUCACAGUUGCUUACCUCACCUUUGUUUAGAGUGGAUAAGAAAGGACCAUCUGGUGUUACUGCUCUUCAUGUUGCGGCUGAAACUGCAGGUGCAGAAAGAGUGCUAAAUAUUUUGACUAGUGGCCCUGAAGAGUGUUGGUUACAUACUUGGGAGAGUGACCGGGAUGAUGAUGGGUUAACUCCAGAAGGUCUUGCAUUGAAGAAAGGCCAUGAUGAUUAUGUUCAGCUAAUUGAACAGAAGAAAAAGAAGAGACCUACUAUCGGCCAUGUAGCAAUACACAUGCCAAAUGAUGCGUUGCAACCUUUUGAAAGAGCUUCUGAAUCUGUGGUCAAUAAGUGGGAGCAAAAGCCUCGUGGUUUACAAAUUGACAUGAGCAAAACAGUGGUCAAUGAGCAAAAAUCUCAUGAAUUACAGAUUGACAUGAGCAGAACUGGUCAGCUUCAAUGCAAGCUUUGCGACCGCCAAUCUUUCUACAGAUCUGGACAGUACCGGAUGUUGAACUAUAGACCUGCUAUUCUAUCAAUGGUGGCCAUUGCUGCUGUAUGUGUUUGUGUUGGUAUUCUCUUUAAAAGCCCUCCUGAAGUUACGUUUAUUCUCCCUCCCUUCAGAUGGGAAUCUCUUGGUUAUGGAAGCAUCUGAGCCGAUUACAUGCAUAGGAUUUGUAGAUUUUUCCUCUUUUUUUUUAGAAGCAUAGCCUAGUAAAGUUGUAUUCACAUCCGUUUAUAGCCAUAUAUAAUAAGCUAUUUUGAA